AUGCCUGCCGACGGGGAGCUGUCGAGCGCGGCGGGCGCCAGCAUGGAUCCCGGGGAGCUGCAGUACCUGCGGCAGGUCCAGCACAUCCUGCAGCACGGCCACCGCAAGGAGGAUCGCACCGGCACCGGCACCAUCUCCGUCUUCGGCAUGCAGGCGCGGUACAGCUUAAGAGAUCAGUUUCCACUGCUAACGACAAAGAGAGUGUUCUGGAAGGGAGUGCUGGAGGAGCUGCUGUGGUUCAUCAAGGGUUCUACAAAUGCUAAAGAGCUCUCUGCCAAAGGUGUGAAGAUUUGGGAUGCUAAUGGAUCCCGUGAGUUCCUGGAUAAGCAGGGUUUCAGCACCAGAGAGGAAGGGGAUUUGGGACCAGUUUAUGGUUUCCAGUGGAGGCACUUUGGAGCAGAAUACAAAGAUAUGCACACAGAUUAUUCCAACCAAGGAGUUGAUCAGUUGCAAAAAGUGAUUGAAACGAUCAAAACCAAUCCAGAUGACAGAAGAAUCAUUAUGUGUGCUUGGAAUCCCAAAGAUAUUUCUCUGAUGGCUUUGCCUCCAUGCCAUGCCCUAUGCCAGUUCUAUGUUCAGAGUGGUGAAUUAUCUUGCCAGCUCUAUCAGAGGUCUGGAGAUAUGGGACUGGGAGUGCCUUUCAAUAUCGCCAGCUAUUCACUGCUCACAUACAUGAUUGCCCAUGUCACAGGGCUGAAGCCUGGGGAGUUCAUACACACCUUAGGAGAUGCUCACAUAUAUCUGAAUCAUGUGGAACCUCUCAAACUUCAGCUUCAGAGGGAGCCAAGACCUUUCCCCAAACUCAGAAUUCUUCGAAAGGUUGAAGACAUCAGUGACUUUAAGUCAGAAGACUUUCAGAUUGAAGAUUAUAAUCCUCAUCCACCUAUUAAAAUGGAGAUGGCUGUUUAA